AUGUCCCCCCUGUCACGGCCCUCCCGGGGCACGUCUGGCCCGGAGCUCCUGCUGCUCCCCCCGGCCUGGAUCCCCCUCCCGCCCCCGGUCCCGGCCGUGCUGCGGACGGAGCGGCGGAGGAUGCUCGCUGCCUCCCUCCCCCCUUCCUCCCGGGGCGUUACCGGGGCCGGGCUCGGGCCUGGGCCGGGGAUGGGGUCGGAGCGUUACCGGGCCCGGUGCGGCGGCGGCCGGCUCAGCCGAGCAGAGCCGAGCCCGGCCCGAACGCAGCCGAACCUUCCCGAUCCUCCCCGAGCUGAGACGAGCGGAGCCGAGCCCGACCGAACGCAGCCGAACGGUUCCGACCCGGCCCGAGCGCGGCCGAACCGCCCCGAUCCGCCCCGGGACGGGGUCUGGGGCCGGCCCGGUGCGCUCGGCCCGGCCCCAUUGGCUGCGGCCGCUCUGCGCUCCGCCAAUGGCGGCAGCGCGCGGCUUAACCCGCCCGGCGCCGCGGCACCGGCACCGACACCGACACCGGCACGGCCCGUGUGCGACACCGGCCCCAAACCCGUGUGCGACACCGGCCCCAAACCCGUGUGCGACCCCUGCCCCAAACCCGUGUGCGACACCGGCCCCAAACCCGUGUGCGACCCCUGCCCCAAACCCGUGUGCGACACCGGCCCCAAACCCGUGUGCGACACCGGCCCCAAACCCGUGUGCGACACCGGCCCCAUCUCCGACUCCUGUCCCGGGCCCGUGUCCGACCCCUGCCCCACUUCCGACCCCUGCCCCGGCCCCAUGUCCCACCCCUGCCUCGUGUCCGACACUAGCCCCAGACCCGUGUCCCACCCCAGCUCCAUCUCCGACCCCUGCCCCGGCCCCUUGUCUGACUCCAACCCCGCUCCCGUUUCCCACCUCAGCCCCGGCCCCAUCCUACACCAGCCCCAUGUCCUACACACCCAUCCCGUGUCCUACACCAGCCCCAUGUCCUACACACCCAUCCCGUGUCCUACACCAGCCCCAUGUCCGCCUCCAGCCCCCGGCCCCAUAUCCGACCUCGAUCCCCUGCCCAGCCCCAGCCCCGGCCUCGUGCUCAUUUCUCUCCCCAGCCCUACGUCCGACCCUGUCCUCAUCCCUGUCCCGGCCCACCACCUCCUCAUUACACCCCCCGAGCUCCCUCUCCCCUUCCCCGAGGGGCUUCUCCUCCAUGCCCUCCCCAUCACUUUCGGGAGGCAAACGGGGAAACUGAGGCACGAAGCGACACGCGGGGCAGCACCCGGGGGUGUCGCACCCUCCGCUCCCCACUCGGGGGGCACAGCCAGGCUUCGGGAGGCAGCGAUCGCCCCAGUGCGGGCCCCGCAGCGCCGGGCUCGGGGGCCGUUCCCGGGGUACCGAGGCGAGGCGGGCGGCACUAGGACCCAGCAGCCGGGCGGUGCGGAGCAGCCCUCGCCGCAGCGGCUCCAGCCCCGAGCAUCCCCCGCCACCCCGGGGACACCCCCCGGCCCCGACCCCUCCCCCGGCCGGAGCGGGGACCCUCGGCCUCGGGCCGGCUCCAUGCGGACCCCCAGGGUAGGUGCCGCGGCCGAGCAGCCCCGCCGGAGCACGGCCUGGGGAGCCGGGGAGAUACCGGGGAGGUACCGGGGAGCUCCACCUGCCCCCAGGUACCUGUGGGGUGCAGCUCCAGCUCCCCCCAGCUACCUGGGGGCUGCAACUGGGGGUCCAGCUCAGCGCUCAGGGGUCCUCCAGGCUCCUGCCCCCUCCAGUGACAGCUGCACCUCCCCCAGAGCACCAAGGAUGUGA